GGAGUUGUUGUUUUCUUUCAACUUGGCUCUGACCUGGGCUUUAUUUCUCACAGAGGAAAAACGGCUGCUUUAUUUUUUCUAAGGACAGGAAAUCUACAGCAUCCAAGCCUUUUAAAUGAUGUUUUGCAAGUCCAGGAAACUAGCAUGGUAUGCAGAACCAAGCAUCACAGAGCAGCUGAAACAGACAUGGGACUAUAAAUUCCUAGAACUGCUGGUUGUUUUUGAGUCAAAAAGCAAUGUGUCUGCCAGACUAAAGAAGGCUGGACGAACAAUUCAGAGCAACAACCAGAAGUUUCUGAAUCAUCUGGAGCCAUUAUUGAAGACUCCUGAUAAGUACCUAGCAAAGCAUGUGAGGGAUACCUUUUAUCCGAAACUCAGAGAGGAUCCUCUAAGAUCUAAAAGUGCAUCUUUUCAAACAGAUGACCAUAGAGUACCUUUCACAAAGAAAAAAUCAGUUACUCGAAGAUCCAAAAGUGCACCUUCAAUGAGGCCUGUAGAAUCAGAGGCCUGGACUAUGGUAACACCUGUACCACAUCUCAGAUGUCCUUGCUGCCCACAAAGGAGUUACACUCCAGUUGUCACUGAGGAUGACCUGAAUGUUGUGGAGAGGCACAAAACAGACAUCCAUUUCCAAAUGCACACUUCGGAAGAAAAAAGACUGAGGAAUUUGCAGUGGAUGAGGGACAGGUUUUUGCCUGAAUCUGAAGAAGUGGUUGUGAAAGAACAUCUUCGUAGACCCAAAUCAGAACCCUCGAUGCAAAGAUCAGGCACAAGAAAAGAAGUCCCCCGAGCUUCUAAUGUAUUUGAAAGCCUGUCAACACCCAGGAAAAGUUGUGUCUCCAUAGUUAUGUCUCUCCAUGCUACUUCUCUGCAACUCCUUGUAAGCAGUGCAGCCACCUCUCAACACAGCUGUUUCCAUUCGAGAAGAGGGUGGGUUCAGUGGGGAUGCAUCCAGAUAUUUUGCUGUAGCUGGACAUGUUGCAAGGAUGCCAUCUGCAGGACGUCCCAAGGAUCCCUGGAGGUCACUGCAGAUGUCACUGCAGAUGCCCAGCUAAAGGUUACCUUCCCAGUCUCCUUGUCACGCUUCAGCAUGCGACGCGUACAAACAGGGCAUAGCUUCAAAAAAGGAAUUGGGGAAACCCAGAGUGACUGUCUCUAAGCGGUCUAGGAAGCUCCAAAGCAAGAAAAAAGGACACCGGGAGCCAUCAUCUCUUUCUGUCUGUCUCUGUUGACCGCUGAGAUAAAUUUGUCUUGCCAGCCAACAAAGAUGAGUGCUCAGCUCUUUUCAGUUCGGUAUCAUCUGCUCUUGGGUCCCAGCUUUUUCUUUUAUAUAAAAAAAGACAUGUUGAUAGCCAAAGCCUGAGUAAUUGAAGCUACUGCUGUUCCAGGAAAGUCAAACAUGCUUCCUUUGUUAUGAACACUUCAUAGGCUUCUUGUAUGGAGCCAUGACAGGAUAAGUCCUUUAUAACCAGGACAAAAAGUGGGUGGCUGUGGGGAAAUGACUCAAAGAAAACCCUUUCUCAUUCUGCUGUCACUGUAGAUGAUCUUGUUUAUUUGUUUAAACCCUCCAGGAUCAAAUCAUACAGAUUUUUUUUCAUAGUACAAUCUUUAAACAAUUCAGAAUGCUGUAUUAUACAGAUGCAUGGAUGCUUAUUUGCUCCAAGAAACCCUGAAGUGGCAACUUAACACAAUGGAGAUGUCAAGAGUCUUGUAACAACACUGUUAUAUAUUUUGUGCCAUUUUGCAGAAGUACCAAAAUAUAUGUUUUUUGAAUUUUUAUAAUGCAUUACUAUUAUCUAUUAUUUUUAUUAUUUUUAAAUGCAGUACUACUUUGUUUCAUUUUUAAAAUGUCUAUCCCUUCCAAAACAUGUCACAUGUGAAAUUUAGAAGUAAA